AUCUACUUCCAAGCGCUGCCUUACCAUGAACCUGGGACUAACAACUUCGUCAUACUUAGGAGCCUGAGGUCUAGAUAGGUACGUUUGCCUCGAUCAGUAGUCAAGGGAGUCAUGAAUCGUCAUCGGCGCGACUGGGAGUUGGCAGUCAUUGCUCGCCACGGGUACGACCAACCGUCAGCGGCAUGGCGGGCAGUGGCAGGCACGCGGCUUUCCGUAUAAAAGCCACCUUACUCUCGCCCAUUCUCUUCUUCUCACCCAUUCUCUUUCUCUCCAUCACAACACAGCGUUUGCAAACUGUCGAGCGGCACAGAAUUUCCCAGCAAUUGCCUCGCAGUGGAGAGGCGGGGAGGAGACAUGGGAGCCUUACGAGAAGGUGGCCAAGAUGGAGUGGCGUAGUAGUUGGACGCGAUUCCGACCCCCUACCGACCCGCUUGACUCGGGAGCGGGCAUCCCAGCAAGCUGCGGUCUCCAUGCAAGUGAUCGUGAACCUUGAGAGCAACGCGUGUGCUCGUUGGCAGGACUGCUCCUAGCCCGCGUAGCUCUGUUGUGUGGUCGAGGCUUUCCGUCCAAGACGAGCAUCAGGGUCG